AUGGCUUCCUCUCCGUGGUGGUAUGUCAUCGCCAUUCUGUUGUUCUACGUAUGCUACCGCUUUGUUUUUCUCCACGGCCGGAACCGACGUAGGCUGCCCCCAGGCCCGAAGCCCCUCCCCAUCGUCGGCAACAUGCGGGACCUUCCGUCGCCGGGCGCGGUCGAAUUCCAGCACUGGCUCAAGCACAAGGACGAUUAUGGGACGAUCAGCUCAGUCACAGUGAUGGGCAUGACUCUCAUCAUCAUCCACGACAAGGACGCCGCCCACGAGCUGCUUGACAAGCAGUCCAGCAACACAUCCGGGCGUCCGUCUAUGGUCUUUGCGAACGAACUCUGCGGGUACGGGUCCAUCGUCAUCUGCCAGAGCUAUACUCCUACGUUUCGUCACUCGCGCAAGCUGCUACACAAGGAGCUUGGUACCAAGACGUCUGCGUCUCGUACUUCCGCCGCCACAGUGCUGAAGAUGGCGUACGGCUACACCGUUGAGGCCGCCGGUCUCGAUCCACUCGUGGAACUCACGGACCGGAUGAUGGCCGAGUUCUCUCAAGCCGCCGCUCCUAUGGCGUGGCCCGUUGACAUUAUUCCUGCCCUUCGCUAUCUACCGGAGAGUAUGCCAUGCUUCGCUUUCAAGAAGGUUGCUCGCAGGUGGCGCCGGAGCAUCCUCCAGUCAGCGUACAUCCCGUACCGCUUUGUUGUGCGCCAGAUGGCCGCUCAUGCUUCUGCCGAGUCCUACGUCUCUCGCUUGAUCGACGAGUUCAGCUCCAGUGAUGGCUCUGGGCUGAGCGACAAAGACGAAGACGCCAUAGUCUGGACCGCAGCUAGCCUCUAUGGUGCUGCAGCGGACACGGCCGUCAUCACACUCACUGCGUUCACGGCAGCCAUGAUCAUGUUCCCAGAAGUGCAGCGCACGGCCCAAGAGGAAAUUGACCGUGUUGUGGGCAGCGACCGCCUGCCGACUCUGGAGGAUCGGGACAGACUCCCGUACGUUGACGCGCUCGUCAAAGAGAGCCUUCGGUGGUGGCCCAUCGCCCCGAUGGGGUUUCCUCAUUUGACUACAGCUGCCGUGGCAUACAGAGGCAUGGAGAUCCCAAAAGGCGCGUUUCUUCUGCCAGCUGUUUGGUGGUUUCUGCACGAUCCGCGCGUGUAUUCGGAGCCAAGUUCAUUCGACCCGGCACGUUUCCUGAGUCCCCGGAACGAACCCGACCCCGCGAAUGAGGCCUUUGGCUACGGUCGUAGAAUAUGUCCUGGUCGCUUCUUUGCGGACUACUUCCUAUGGUUAAACAUUGCCAGGUCGCUGGCCUGCUUUCAAAUCAGCAAUCGUUUGGAUGCGUCCGGGAAGAAGAUCGAGGUGGACGUCAAGCCGCAAGCCGGUGUUUUGAGUUACGCGACUGAUUUCGAGUUUGAAGUGACAUCCAGGAGCGAGGAGCACACUUGUCUCAUCCGACGCUUUGAGGCAGAGAACCCUCUAGGUGUAGGCGAUGCAGCACUGCUCGGGGACGAGAUAGCGUAG